CUCCGGGCCGCAGCGGCCGCCCCACAUUCCUGGCAUUCCUGGGCCGUGACUCCCCGCGCCGCCCCGGCCCCAGCCCAGCCCCGGCCCCGCCGCCUCCGGCUCGCCCGCCCGCCGGCCCCGCUCGCCCCCGCGGGACACCAGUCCCCUCCCUCCCGCCCUGCCUCCCUCCUUCCCGCACCCCGCGGGCGGCAGCAGGAGCUUAGGGCGUCCCGGCCCCCCGCGCCGCCACCGGCGGCCCCAGCUCCCGGCCACCCCGCCGAAAUUCCCCGCGGUGGCCGGGCCGGGGCGGCGGGAGCGGGUCUCCCUCCCCACCGCCCCCGGGGAGCGGCCCGCCGCGCUCCCCGCCCGCUUCGGGUCCCGCCGGCAGCCGCCGUCUUCCGGGCCGGGACAGCCGCCUCCCGCGGGAGCGCACAAAGCCGGAGCCGCCGCGCUGCCCGGGCGGCCGCCGAGCAGAAAUUCCUUGAAGCUUGCCCUGGGAAUGGACAGCUACCUCCAUUUCUGGAGGAGAGUAGUGCCAAUUGAAGAAGCCUUCAAGGCAAGUCGACAAGUGUGCUGAUAACUCUCAGGAGAGUACAGGGAAGGGGCAACCUUCCGGGCCAACAGCCAUGCCUUUCGGGCUGAAACUGCGACGGACCAGACGCUACAAUGUCUUGAGCAAGAACUGCUUUGUGACGAGGAUCCGUCUGCUGGACAGCAAUGUGAUCGAGUGCACCCUCUCUGUGGAGAGCACGGGGCAGGAGUGCUUGGAAGCUGUCGCUCAGAGGCUAGAAUUACGUGAGACACACUACUUCGGCCUUUGGUUUCUCAGCAAGAGCCAGCAAGCCCGCUGGGUUGAACUGGAAAAGCCUCUGAAGAAGCAGCUGGACAAAUUUGCCAAUGAGCCUUUGCUUUUCUUUGGGGUAAUGUUCUAUGUGCCCAGUGUUUCCCGACUGCAGCAGGAGGUAACAAGAUAUCAGUAUUACCUACAAGUGAAAAAGGAUGUUCUUGAUGGCCGAUUGCUUUCUUCAUUGGAGCAGGGAAUUCGACUAGCUGGUUUGGCAGUGCAAGCGGAUUUUGGAGACUAUAAUCAGUUUGAAUCUCAUGACUUCCUCCGUGAAUAUGUCUUGUUCCCUAUGGACUGGACCCAGGAUGAAGCUGUCUUGGAGGAGCUGACUCAAAAGGUUGCUCAGGAGCACCGAACUCACAGUGGCAUUACAGCAGCAGAAGCUGAGCUAAUGUACAUCAAUGAAGUGGAACGCCUUGAUGGGUUUGGACAGGAAAUUUUCCCUGUGAAGGAUAAUCAUGGAAAUGACAUACACCUCGGUAUCUUCUUCAUGGGAAUCUUCAUAAAAAACAGAAUUGGAAGGACAACUGUGAUUUAUAGGUGGAAUGACAUUGGGAAUAUAGCACAUAACAAGUCUUCAAUUGUUCUAGAGUUGAUCAACAAAGAAGAGAACGUGCUCUUUCAUACAGAUGAUCUUGAAAAUGCCAAAUAUAUUUCACGGCUGUUUGCAGCAAGACACAAGUUUUACAAACACAACAAAAUCUGCACAGAACAAUCAAGUUCUCCUCCUCCUAUCCGACGACGGCCCACUUGGAGUAGGUCAUCCUUGCCAAGACAACAUCCAUUUAUACUGCCUCCUAUGCAUGUCCAGUGUGGAGAACACUACACUGAAACACAUAAUUCACAAGAUAGCAUUUUCCAUGGAAAUGAAGAAACUUUCUACUGUAGGUCUCAAACCAGUUUGGACAGGUGUCCAAUGGACUUCAGCUACUUGAACGGUAACGGACCCAAUGGGAGCGUAUGCAGCGCCCACAGCAUGAACUCCCUCAAUCGCUCACAGAACUUCAUCCAGGCAUCUCCAAUGUCCUCAAAUCUGAGCAUCCCUGGAAGCGACAUCAUGAGAGCAGAUUACAUCCCUAGCCACAGACAUAGUGCAAUCAUAGUACCAUCUUACAGGCCAACGCCAGACUAUGAAACUGUCAUGAGGCAAAUGAAGAGAGGGGUGAUCCAGAUGGAUAGCCAGAGUCAGUCUUUGAGGAAUCUCAAUAUUGGAAACACAUAUGCUUAUAACCAGCCGGAAGACCUAGUUUACAGUCAGCCUGAGAUUAGAGAGAGACACCCUUACACAAUUACGUACGGGCCCCAGGGUGGUGGCUAUAACAAGCCUGUCACCCCGUCUGACCAAAUGAACCCUAAUAAUGCUGCACAAAGUAAGACAGCAGCCAGUGCCAUAUCCCACACUGUCAGCACACCGGAGCUGGCUAACAUGCAGCUGCAGAGCAGCCAGAGUUACAACACCGCUCACAUGUUAAAGAACUAUCUCUUCAGGCCCCCACCUCCGUACCCACGCCCACGUCCUGCCACUAGCACGCCGGACCUGGCGAGCCACCGGCACAAGUACGUCAGCGGGAGCAGUCCUGACUUGGUCACUCGCAAAGUCCAGCUCUCGGUAAAGACCUUCCAAGAGGACAGCUCGCCAGUCGUCCGUCAGUCGCUGCAGGAGGUCAGUGAGCCCCUCAUGGCAGUGAAGCAUCAUGCAGCUGUGAACAAGCGCCAUAGUUUGGAGGUCAUCAGCAAUAUGGUACGUGGUAUAGAAGCCAUGGCAUUAAAAACUUUAAAUGCCCCUCUGCCGCGCAGGAACACUUUGCGGGAGCAGGUGCAGCCAGAAGAGUCGGUUCAGAUGGGGCAUGAAGUUCAGCAGGUUCCUCAUUAUCAUCACAAAAAGACAUUCUCUGAUGCCACGAUGCUGAUACACAGCAGUGAAAGCGAAGAGGAAGAAGAAACCCCAGAGUCUGUGUCACGGAUAACAGCCCUCCAUGAGAACAUGGAGUAUAGUGCUCAGCUGCAAGCUGCCUUGGCUAGAAUACCAAAUAAACCUCCUCCAGAGUAUCCUGGGCCUCGUAAAAGCGUCAGCAAUGGAGCCCUGAGGCAGGACCAUGUUAGCAUUUCUGUGGCUGUAGCCAGAGCCAAGGCCAUGAGGCCGGGGCCUUCCAAAGCCAUUAGUGUUUCUCGAACUGAUCAAAUGGCAAUAAAUGGGUCUUCGCUCGGGCCCUCUAUCUCGGAGCCUGAUCUCACAAGUGUGAAGGAGAGGGUCAAGAAAGAACCUGUCAAGGAAAGGCCUGUGUCUGAAAUGUUUUCUAUUGAGGACAGCAUUAUAGAAAGAGAAAUCAUGAUGAGGAAUCUAGAAAAGCAGAAGAUGGCAGGCCUGGAGGCCCAGAAGAGGCCCUUGAUGUUGGCAGCACUGAACGGACUCUCAGUUGCUAGGGUUCCAGUGCCGGAGGACAGCCAGGAUGAAGUCGCCAAGGUGCCGAUGGAUGAGAGGUGCAAAAUCUUGAAGAGGAAGUUGGAAGAGGGGAUGGUGUUUACAGAAUAUGAGCAGAUUCCAAAGAAAAAGGCAGAUGGGAUCUUCACCACUGCUGCCUUGCCUGAAAACACUGAGCGCAACCGCAUCAGGGAGGUCGUUCCUUAUGAGGAGAACCGAGUAGAGCUGGUGCCGACCAAAGAAAAUAAUACAGGCUACAUCAAUGCUUCACACAUAAAGGUGACUGUAGGUGGAGAGGAGUGGCACUACAUUGCUACCCAAGGGCCUCUGCCACACACAUGCCAUGACUUCUGGCAGAUGGUGUGGGAACAGGGGGUGAAUGUUAUAGCCAUGGUCACAGCUGAAGAGGAGGGAGGAAGAAGUAAGAGUCAUCGUUAUUGGCCUAAACUGGGCUCUAAGCACAGCUCAGCCACUUACGGGAAGUUCAAGGUGACAACUAAGUUCCGCACAGACUCCGGCUGCUAUGCAACUACUGGUCUGAAGGUCAAACAUCUCCUCUCUGGACAAGAGAGGACAGUGUGGCAUUUGCAGUAUACUGACUGGCCAGACCAUGGGUGCCCAGAAGAAGUCCAAGGCUUUUUAUCUUACUUGGAGGAGAUACAGUCAGUGCGUCGCCACACCAACAGUGUGUUGGACAGCAGCAACAACUGCAACCCUCCUAUCGUGGUUCACUGCAGCGCAGGGGUAGGAAGGACCGGAGUGGUUAUCCUCACAGAACUGAUGAUUGGGUGCUUGGAGCAUAACGAAAAAGUGGACGUUCCCGUGAUGCUGAGACACCUGCGGGAGCAGAGAAUGUUUAUGAUCCAGACCAUAGCCCAGUACAAGUUUGUCUAUCAAGUGCUCAUCCAGUUCCUGCAGAACUCCAGACUUAUUUAAUCUUUUCCAACAUCCCAGACCCAGCUUUGUGGAUCUGACUGAACCUUACGUGAUGAACGGGGGGAACUGCCUUGACAACACUGUGUGCAUAUAUUGCACUUUUUAAAGUUGUCUUGAAAGUAAGGAAUGAUUGUUCUUUACUAGAGUCUCCCGUUGAUUAUUUUAUACAAGAUAUAAUUUAUUUUUCUUGUAAUAACUUGUGAAUUACUUUAAUAACUUGUAAAACUUACAGUGACCUUCAAAUUGAACCACAUUUGACAUGACUGGUCUGCAUUGUAACAUGUCCAUAGGGAAAGCAAUCCUUUGUAAAAGUAGUUUACUGGCUUUUAUUUUGCUACACAGCUUCUGAAAUGAACAGUUACUUGGCAGUGGGCAUUUUCUCAUGCAAGAACGUUUUGGGCCGAGAUACGUGGCUUCCAGGAUAAAAACAAGAGCUGCUAGAUGUCAGCUACGGCUCUGUACGAGCGGAAGCUGCGCAGACACGGUCCUGGGCAGGGACAGGCCAUUGUGAGGGCAGAGAGUUUUGGGUGCUAAACUGUUCAAAUUCCACAAGAAUUAUGGUUUUAGAUUAGUCCUUGAAAAAAGCAAUAUUGGAUCUUUUAAAUGAGUCCUUUGCUACUGCCUGCAAUCCUCAAAGGGAUUCACAAGAGUUGAAGCAGUGCAGGGGGAAGUGCAGUGCUCCAGAGCAAGCUGAAGUCAGUGAAUGAGUCUUUCUGGUAACUCCGGUGGGCUGCGGGUUGAACAGCAGAGGAAAUGCAACUAAAUGCAGGUGGAAAAACCCCCUCAAAUCAAACACCUUCUCAUGAAUUACCCUGCAAAUUUUAUUGCCUUGAGGCUCCCCUCCUGUAGAAAAGGAAUCUCAUUUAAGUUAGGCAUCUCUGGUUGCCUUAGUUUCACAUGUGAACUGUUGUCUUCAGCACUGUAAUCAUUCUAUUUUCUACUCCCUUGAACUUUGUCAAAAUGAUCCAUAUGGUCUUUCCUCCAUAUCAGAGUUCUUCAAAUAGUGACCCUUGAGACCAUUAGCUCAGAUUCUGCUUUGAUUCUUCCCCCAUCACUGUCUUGAAGUUUAUGAACAUGUGGAGCAGUCUUCGCUAUUGGCAAACCUCACUUUGAUAGGCUGGGUUUUGUAUUAAAUUGCACAGAUCAUCCGUCUUCUGUUUGGUCACUUUGGAUUCUUCUUCCUAUUUAUUAUUUCUGUUUUAUCCUGGUGUGGUGUUCAGGGAUUGCAGUUAGGAUUAGGAGGAUUUUGUAUAAAUACAUAAAGGAGAAAUAGUCCUUGCCUGAAGUUUACAAUCAGAACAGAAAAAGGGAAACAAACCUCCUCCACUGCAUAACCAGUGCGCAGAUUCUUAACUGGCUUGUCCCAGGCCAACAAUCAAAUCUGACAGAGCUAAAAAAAAAAAAAAAAAAAAUAAAAAUCCAUGUGUCCUGGAAGUAUCUUGGCAGUGAGACCUGUCCUCCUCUCUCCUCCUCGGCCUCUGUCCCUCAGCAUUGGCUAGCUGUUUUGUACAACUUAGUGUAUAUUCUUUUCUCCAAACUGUUUAUAUCACUGGAGUAAAUCACCUUAUGAAUUACACUGCAGUGUGUGCACAGUAGGGUUUACUUACAGUUAUGUAGAAGUGAUAAAACUGUGAUUUAAAAUUUAAAGGAAGAAAAAAAAAAAAAGGUUUAGCAAGUUGUGGUGGGACUCCCACUCUGUUAUUUCUGGUUCCCGCACUGCACCUCCUCACACCGACUCCUUUUUCCCAGCUCUGUACGCUGCCACCCUCCUGUGGGCAGUCCGGCCCUGCUUCAACUCGGCAGUGCUGUCGGAUCGCAGGAGCGUGGAGCAGGCUGGAGAGGAGCCCUGCAGGUCUCUGGUCCCAGCCCUGCUCACCCCAGGGCUGUAUUAAAGUAGGAUAGCUUUGCCCAGGGUCACGUCCAGUUUCAGAAAUCUCCAACGGUGGAGAUUUCCCAGCCUCUCAGGGCACGUGAUGCACUGCAGUUACUCUGUAACCGUGAAAUUAUCCGUCUUGAUAUCCCUUUCCCAGAUAAAUGUAAUCUUUGAGUCCCAUCGCUGCUUUUCUGUUGCAUCCCCACCUCCAAAGCCCUCGUCAGCGUAGAAAGGCCUAAGGCUACAAGCACUCUCAGCUUCAGCGCUGAAGGGACCUUCACACCUACCUUUCCCUAAAACCAGUGGGAGCUUAAGCUAAGGCUCUGUACCAGAAUGUUUCUGACGUGUAUUUAAAACUGCGCUGUGCUGAUGUGGUGCCCUGCAAUACAGGCCUAACAAGGUGGCAAGGGUUCUGGUGGAGACCUCUAGCUACCAGCGAAUGGUGAGGGGUUAUUUAGCUGUAAUAUCUUGACCGUGUUCCUUUUAGGCAUCAGUUGAGUUUUCAAUCAACUUCAGUUUUCCUCUAAUUUCUUCUGCCAAUGCCAACAUAUCUCUUGUUAAAUUAGCAGCAACCAUUUAAAGUCUUUUCAGCAGCAUCUGCAUGAUAAUUGCACAGAGAUGCUUUAUAUCUGGGAAGCAAGCCAAGGAAUAAACCUUGAAGCAAAGUGUAUUAAAUUAGUUAUCUCGUUAUAGCUUUUUGAAUAAUUUCCUAAUGAUGAAUUAAGUUUGAACUCAGAGCUGUCAAGUCCCAUUGCUCCACUUGGAUGUGAGAAGUAGAAAAUCAGGAGGGAAAAGAAUCUGUUCCUAUGUCUUAUUAUUUGGCUCUUCUUGGCUGAAAUGUGUACUUCUGUUUCUACAGUGAGCACGGGAAAGCUAUUGCAGAAGAGAAUGUAGAGAGCUGUGUUUAAAAGGAAGAAAAUUAAGCAAAUGUUUUUUAUGCAAAGAUGCAUCAUAGGUGUCUUAGAAAAAUAUUAAUUACAAAAUGGCACCAAACAUCCUUUCCAAAUUAAGUCAGUGCCUAUUAAUGAGCUAAAUAAGUGGCCACAUAGUAAACAGUCAUUUCCAAUUAACUCUUAACGUGGCUGGUAUGGUAGAUAGAGGCCAAUGUGACUCACUUUUUCCCCUUUCAUUGUCAAAGAACGGUAAUUUUAAACUUUUCCUUUCAUCUGACUUCAACAUAUUUUUUCCUGCUAGAUUUUAUCUUGACUAGAUCUGCUAAUAUCCUCAGUGAAUUGGGCUGGUGCGUGUCUUCAGAGGUUCCUUUCCUCCCCAGCUUGCAACCAAACCUCGGCGCACCGGUGUUUUAUGAUUGAAACGUGAUAGUUUUGUAGGGGAAAAACUGAACCUUCUGACUUUGAACCUGUUGUCAUUUUAUCAGGCCUAAAUUGCUUGGGCAGUAUUUCCUAACCUUUAGGGAGUGACAGGAAAACGCAUUUUGCAUCCAAUUUCAUUAGUCAUAGCAGGAAUGAACGCGUGAGACUAAAAGCAACAGUGCUGUUUAGUUUGUGUCCUGCAGGCUUUAAGAGCAGAGUCCUUAAGUAGGAAAGGACAGUUUGGCGUUGUUCUCUGUUGCGUUGCAUGGGUUAUUUUAACAUCAAAGCAUGGCAGUGGGUAGGUUCCAGGAGACCAGUUUCAUCCAUUUGGAGUAAAGUCUGGAUUGAACAUCCCACAAAGAUGCAUCGCCAAUGAAUGGAGGUGCACCUAAAAAAGUUUGACAGAAGCAGCCUUCUCCCCAGGCGCCCACGUUGCAGCCUGGCACAUUUAGCCUACACUCCCCAAUUCUUUCUGAGAGAGAACUUGGAGUGGAUAAGCAAGUCGGGCUUGAGAAUCCAUUGUGUACGGUUUCCUUUCUGUCCACUCUUAAUCUGCAUUUAAUUUUGCAAUUUAACACCUUUCUUUUUGUCUUUAAACUCUUACCAAUGAUAGUAUUGAGGUUGCUGGCAUCAAAUUUUUGGUCAAACUUAUGGUCUGAGCAUUUCAUGCCCAAUGUUGUCUGAUCAGGGAUGGGGAAGAGGACAACUCAGUGCUGUGGGCGUCCUGUUUCCCUCCUCCACAGGCUGCGCCGGAGGAUGGCGGACAUCAGCUGCUCAGGUCCUGCUUGUUCCAGCUCCUCCGCAGGCCUGCCCUCCACCUCCUGGCCUUCAUUACCCGAGGAAAGAUGAAGCUUGAUCACGCAAACUUUCUCCUGUAUAGGUACACAGGGACCCUAAAAUGCUCAGCCUUAUCGGCAAUACCUUUUCCCUAAACUAGUUUCAGCUGGCAGGAGACACAUCUGCGAGAACUUAUUCAACCUAUUGCUAAUGCAGUCCUUUAUAUAAACUAUAUUGAAGGACAUUUCUGUUCCACUUAUUUAAAUAAGUUGUCACAGCUACAAAUAUUAUUAAAUAUUUGCAUGAUUUCAAGAGCUUUUUAUUUAAUUACUUUCUUGUAAACAGACAGAAAUGCAAAUGGCAAAACAUAGGUUGGAAAAGAGUGAGUAAGUCUCAGUGCUUCAAUGGAGAUGGUCAUUUUAAGCUAAUACGUUAGGUUUUGAUCCAAUACCUGCUAUGUCUGCGUAGCCCACGAGCGACUCCAAGCUGAUGGGCAAUCUCAUACUUGGAUAUAGCACACAAACCUAUGGGGAAAAUUCAGCAGCUACUGCCUGUGCUGCGUUCUCAACAGCUCACUCCCCGCUGGUCUCCUCGGAGGAGAUGACCACUGUAUUAGCUGCUGUCAGUCUCUCUAGCAGUUUGUGAACUGUGUGCUCAGGAAACGGAACCGUCAGUACGGCUGACGCCUGCUGUAGCUGCUCUCGUGCAUCACCAGGAGAGGUCAGAGUCAAAUGCUGCUGCUCGUCUUUGUGAAAAAGAACGCUUUACAGCCAGAGAGCCAGGGUGGCACCCGCUGCAUCAAAUAAAGGAUGCAUCAUAUCGAAGGAGCAAAUACCCAGAAUUGAGCGUGAAAGGGAAGCGCUGCGUGCAAACAUGAUUUGUCCACCCCUCUAUAAAAAUAGACUAUACAUCUGCGGAUGUAUAUCCAAGUCAGAGGGAGUUUGGAGAUAGAUUUUGAUGCCAACAAGGGAAAGGCUGCAAGUCCAAAGCCGCAAAGGCAAUUGUCCCCAGUUCAGUCACAGCCUUGUAGAGAGGUUUUCUUAUAGAACCUGGUGCUAUGGGAACUACAGGUGCCAUCCGAGACUUUGGAGAGGAGGAUGUUGGGCACACAGCUGCACGCAGCCAUGGCUUGCAGGGCUUGUGAUCUGAGGAAGGGAACAGCUGGCUGUUGGGCAAACAACAGAAGAUGGAGAUCUUAACCAUGGAGAAAGUAUUGUUAGAUUGUGAAAGAAACCAUUUAGUGCACAGGUCAGAAAUAGCAGUGUUAGUAUAAAUAUUUAAAGUAAAUAAAUGUUGUCAGUGUUUUUAGAGUAUUGGACUACACUUCCCUUGGUUCCUCUCAGCUGUUUUUCAGCUGGCAUUUCUCUGAGGUUUUGUUGCCUUGUGCUUUGUGCACCCUCACCGAGAGCUUCUCAUGUGCUACAACAGCAGGAUUUUGCCUUUGGAGGGUGAACUGCAAGUCAGGGCUAAAAAUGCACCUUUCACUGAAGAAUCCCAGCAGUAUUUAACAGUAAGGGAAAGACAAAUACUUCAGCUCACCCCUGAAAUGAAUACAGUGCUUAAGAGUUUUACUCUUCCAAAUCACCUGGGUCAGGACUUGGUGUUUUGGACACCCAGCCCCAGAUAUUUCAGGGGCAGCAUUCCCUGACGAGGCAGGCAGGAAGAAGAGGAAGGCUUCCCACAAACUACUUCCGUGGCAGGUUGGAGGGCCCAGCCACCAUCCCAGACAGGGAGUUAGUUAACACUUAAGGAAGAAAUAGGAAUGCAUCUAGGAGAGGGUGCUCAGCCCCUCCAGCACAGCUGACACCAGUCCUUCAGGGGCUUCCUCAGGCAGAUGUUGCAUCCUGCUCACUAUGUUUCAUAACUGCUGAUGGAUCCAUCUUCCACGAAUCGCAUUACCUUUGCUGUAGAACCCAUUUGUUCCUCUGGCCUUCACAAUGUCCUGGGUUGGUGAGUUCCACAACUUCAUUAUAUAUUAUGCCUAUAAUAUCUUCGGUUUUGUGUAUGUUAAAUGAAAGUAUUUUCUUGCUGCUACUCCGUCUUUAAAAGAAAACAAAUCUUCGGUGCCAGAAACACUGUUAAUAGGAUGUUUAUCCUGUUGAGAUUGCUCCAUAUGGAAAAUAUGUUUUCCACAUUAGUAAAGUACCUUUCUUUGGCUAUUUUACAAAGGAAAAAAGUUUACACAUGCAGAUGACUCUAAUAUUCCCCUAUAUAAUUGUGUGGGACAUGUGUUACAUGAAAUAACAUGUUUAAGUUUUAUGUCACUGAAUUUUACUGUCCUGUUUUACUUCAGUAUUUUGAUGCUUCCUAGUUUUUUUGUUCUGUAAUUCCGUACAUUACAGUUUAGGACAAAACAGUGAUCUGAAUCUCACGGCCUCAUUGUAUGUACACAUUUUGUAGAGAAAUGAGACACCAGUUAUAUGCCCUUCCUGGCCCCUGCUCCCUCCUCUUAGGGCUGAAUGGCAGAACUAUUCUAUGCCAUGGAAAGCCUUUAAAAAAAAAAAAUCUAUGCAUGCUAUUUUAUAUUCUAAUGUAUUAUUCAUAUCAGUCCAUAAGCUUAUGCUUGUCAGUUUUAUCUUGUGUAUAGAACUGAUUACUUUUGACAGUAUUUUUGCACUGUUUCUUUUCUUUCUCUUUUUAUAAAGUUCUAUUCAGCAUUAAUUGACUGCAAUAAUUUUCUUACCCCUUUCACUGCCUUUGUGUAAAUAGUUUCUUACAUGCUUUUGCAAAUAUGAGAACGUCUUCAGUCACUAAGUUUUUUUUGGUAAGGCUGUCCUUCAUAUUCACAGUAUACAAUAAACCAUUUUUUUCAAGGAAAA